AUGGCUUCCGCAUUCAGAACCUCCGCCCUGCGCACAGCAGCUUCCGCCUUCAAGACAUGCGCUCGCCCGGCCCUCGCCGCACCAAAGAUCGCCUUCUUGAAGCCGCAGCCUAGAAUCGCCGCUUUCCACACAUCAAAGUCCCUCAGCAUUCUUCCACCUGGCCGCCAGGUCAUCGAGGGAACCAUUAACGACGCCGCGCCCGUUCCCGAGUCAAAUCCCUCCCACGGGUCUUACCACUGGACUUUCGAGCGUCUCGUCUCUGUCGGCCUCAUCCCGCUCACCAUCGCCCCCUUCGCCCUUGGCUCUGUCAGCCCCGUCACCGACGCAGUCCUCGGCGCUGCUGUCGUAAUCCACUCGUACAUCGGCUUCGAAUCUUCGAUCAUUGACUAUAUCCCAGGGCGGAAGCACCCCACGGCGAAGAAGGUGUUCAUGUGGAUCCUCAAGGGCUCCACAGUCUUGGUCCUGGUCGGGCUGUAUGAGUUUGAGACGAAUGAUGUGGGCAUUACGGAGGCUGUGAAGAGGGUCUGGAAGGCUUAG